AUGGCCGAUGCCACUCUCAAGGCCUUGCGGAAGAAGCUGGGUGACCUCGAGGAUGAGCUUGAUGCAGUCACAGAAGCCAAGGCCGAGCUGGAGAACCAGGUUAACAGCCUGACAUUGGAGCUGGAGGCUGCCAGGGGAGAAGAGCGGAAUGCUGCUCUUCAGGAUCUGCAGGUCCGGCACGAAUCCGAGCUGGAGCAAGCGAAGAUCGCGCAGCAAAAGCUGGAGGAGGUUGUGCGCACGAACGCGGAGCUGGAGGCCAAAGUUGCAGCGCUGCAGGGAGGGACCAGCCCUGUAGCACCAGAUGCAACGGACGGAUUCGAUGGGUUGCUAGCUGCAGAGAAGGAGCGCAACGAGAAGCUGCAAGCAGAGGUACAGGAGCUGACUGCCCGAAGCUCUGCCAUGGAGGAAGAGCUGCUGCAUUUGCGACAAAGUUCUGAGGAGCAGGUCGCAGAUGCUGAAAGCUUGCGCGAGGUAGUGGACCAGGAGCGGCAGAAGCGGCUGAGCCUGGAAUCGCAGCUCGAGGAGCUGCAAAGGUCCAGUUGUGAGCUUCGCACGCAGCGUGAGGCAGAGGGAACUGAGUGCGAGCGGAUGUCGCGGCUCUGCCAGGAGCUGGAGUCCGAUCGGGAUAUGGCGCUGGAACGAAUGCAAGCAGCUGAGCGUCUGGCUUCCACCAAGUCCGCCAGUCUCGAGGCAGAAGCAAUGUGGGAGCUGGGGAUGAGAGCUUUUGAAGCAUACUAUGAGACGCUGACAGGACAUGCAGCGCAGUUGGUCUUCAUCGUUGCAAAACGUAGCAAAGGCUUCUGGGAUACCAGGAACACCGAGUCGGUGGCCCCGAAAAAGGUCGCAACAGCAGACCUUUCUGAGAAAGGGCUGCUGGAAGAGCUGAACCUCCUUCGUGCAGAGGUGGCACAGCAGGGCAAUCUCAUCAAGGAGCAAGAGCUGAAGUUGGAGUCCUACUCUGCUCACCGUCAGCUUCAGACGGCCAAUGUGACAUAUGUCACCCAGGCUGACUACGACAGCAAGGUCGCGGAGCUGCAGAAUGCAGACUACAGCUUUGGCGGUGCCUUGGACUCCGCUUGGCUGUGCCUGUGCGGUGCCUUGGUCAUGUUCAUGCAUGCUGGCUUCGCCAUGCUGGAGACGGGCAGCUGCCGUGCGAAGAAUGCCUCCAACGUCCUCAUGAAGAACUUGGUGAACGUGACGGUAGGAACGCUGGGCUGGUGGGUCUUCGGAUGGGCCUUCGCCUAUGGCAGUCAAGGAACUCCAAAAAAUGGCUUCAUUGGGACCGACGGUUUCUUUGGCAUCGGCUUCUACACGAUGGAUGCGACCACCGGCGUUAUCGCACCUCUGGCAUCGUGUGAUGCGGAUGGAUGCCAAAGCACAAUGCUGAGCUGGUUCUUCCAAUGGGCAUUUUGCACCGCGGGGGCGACCAUUGUGAGCGGUGGCGUGGCCGAGCGUGUGAAGAGCCCCACCUACGCCGUCUACGCCUUCUGCAUGACGAGCUUCAUCUACCCGAUCGUCGUUGCAUGGUCCUGGGGCGGUGGCUGGUUGGCCUCUGUGUUCGACGUCGGUUACAUGGACUUUGCGGGCAGCGGUGUGGUGCACCUGACCGGCGGCGUGAGCGCCCUGGCCGGCACGGUUGUGCUGGGCCCACGUAAGGGCCGCUUCGAGAACCCGGAUGAAUUUGAGUGCCACAAUCUGCCUUUGGUCGUGCUUGGCACCUUCGCGUUGUGGUUUGGUUGGUACGGCUUCAAUCCGGGGUCCACGCUGGGCAUGCACGAUGGCGCGACGGGUGCCCUGGCCGCGCAGGUGGCAAUGAACACCACGCUGGCCGCUGCCACCGGUGGCAUCACGGUCUUCUUCUUGCGUUAUGCCAUCACAAAGAAGUAUGACGUCGGCGGCCUUUGCAAUGGCAUCUUGGCGGGCUUGGUGUCCAUCACCGCCGGCUGUGGCAGCGUGGAGUGUGGCAGUGCUUUUGGUAUUGGCCUGAUUGGUGGCCUUGUGUACCAGGCUUCGUCCAUGCUGCUGCAAAAGCUGAAGAUCGACGACCCCGUAGAUGCCAGCCCGGUGCAUGGCUUCUGCGGCAUUUGGGGUGUCCUGGCAGCUGGCCUCUUUGAUUGGGGCAAAGGCUUUGACCAUUACCAUGGCUGGAGUGGCUUCGGGUGCAUGCCAGUCAGCGAGACAGAUUCCACAUGCCAGACAGGAAUCGGCGGCACCGCAAUCGGAGCGCAGUGCAUCCUGGUGCUCAUGGUCAUUGCUUGGGCCGGGAGCCUGUCAGGUCUAGCCUUCUUUGCGCUGAAGAAGACAGGGUUCCUGCGUAUUGACGAGUACACGGAGGAGGUUGGAAUGGAUGUCAAGCAACACUCACCCCCCAAGGCUUAUGCCAUUGGGGAAAUGGCUUCACCUUCCAAAUCAGGGAGUGGAGUAACUGUGUAG